UGUAGAGGGCAGCAGCCGCAUUGAACGCAGCCUCACGAAUAAGGCGCAGAAGAAGAACACACUGGUGGAAUAACUCUAGAUUUACCACAACAAUCCUCCAGCGCUGUGUGAUUUCGACACUUGGAGGGAGCUGUCAAACGUAACGUUAAUGCCAGGCUUUUAUCUGACAGACGUCUUCUCAUUUAACACGGUUACUGUAAAAGAUGUCGGAUGACAAUGCGGGUGAAACGGCUGAGCUCGCGCGUGGAGAUGGUGCGGAGAAACCUUUGUGCGAGUCGGGGGUGCAGGGAUUUAAACUAGCAGCCCCGGAGGUCAACGUAACACCCUCCUCCAGGUUUCUGAAGGUUGAACUGGAGCUGAACACUCUCCUCCGGGAGCUCACCUUCAGCGAGCCCGUCCGGUACAUCUACAACCCGCUGGAGUACGCCUGGGAGACCCACCGCUGCUACGUGGAGAAGUACUGUCAGGGCGGACAAAGGGUCCUGUUCCUGGGGAUGAAUCCAGGACCUUUCGGCAUGGCACAGACCGGGGUCCCCUUUGGCGAAGUGAAGUCAGUUGUUGAUUGGCUGCAGAUCACCGGAGAGGUCGGUCACCCUCUUGACGAGCACCCAAAGCGACGGAUCACAGGACUCGCCUGCAAACAGAGUGAAGUGAGUGGCGCACGGUUCUGGGGCUUCUUCAGGAAGGUUUGUGGUGAACCAGCGCAGUUCUUCCGGCACUGCUUUGUGCACAAUCUGUGCCCGCUCAUCUUCAUGAGCGCCAGUGGGAAGAAUUUAACCCCUCCUGAGCUGUCCGUAGGGGAACGAGAGAAGCUCCUGGGCCUCUGUGACAUUGCGCUGUGCCAGGCCGUGGUAGCACUGGGAGUCUCCAUGGUGAUAGGAGUUGGAAAAGUGGCAGAGCAACGGGCACGGCGAGCUCUGUCUGCUGCAGAUGUCAGUGUACGAGUUGAGGGCAUCAUGCAUCCGUCGCCUAGGAAUCCGCUGGCCAAUAAGGGCUGGGAGGAUGUAGCUAAACGCAAGCUGGAAGAACUUGGGGUCAUGUCGCUGCUGAGCAACAAGUGAGCGAAUCAACCUCCUCUGACACUUAUCUGAUCAAUAGCAGCAUAAGCUACACUCACUCUGACAUGGAUCAGGGUGUGAGGAGUGUGAGAAAGAGACUCAGUGUUUGUGUAAUGUGAUCCACUGUUCAGUGUACUCCUAAAGAGUACAUGCACACAUCUCUCCUCACAGCUCCAAGGACACAAAGAAAUACACUAAUGCCUUCCACCUCUGUCAUCACUAAUGCUCAGCAUCUGCUCAGCAACUGCACAUCGUCCUCUUCUGUAAAGAUCUGUCUGACUUAGUUUGGUUUAGAGCAGAAGCUCUAGAUUUAAAGUGGGGAUUGAAACUUUAAAUUCAGCUUUACAACAGGCAUUACAGGCCGUCCCUAAAUGCAUUGGCUAAUUAUGAUACAUACUGGGACACAUGGUGACCCAGAAACAUGAACACAAGAAAUAUUUGAAAUAUGUACAGUGAUUGUACAUAUUAGACAUUUUACUUUACCCACAAAAGGUAAUAAUUUAUCAAGCUGAACAUCUGUCACUUUAACUCUUCAGCAUACAUGAAACAAACACGGUUUUGCAUGUUUACAGAAUGACGUCCUCAGAAAGAACAAAAUAUUUACAGACCUACUGUAGCUUUUAUCAUUCGGCAAUGUGUCAUAAUGAAACCACAAAAAAUAUUUUGUAAAAAUACUCCUGUACAUCUCGCUCAUACUGGACUCCCCACGGCUAUUCUUUUCAAGCUUUUUAUUUUUAAAACGUCUUUUAUUUUGUUUUAUGUCUUUACACACACCCCCUGAAUUGAAGACUUUAUUGUUUCAAUAAAGAUUUGAUAUUAAAUGAUAAAAACA